AUGCGGUUUUUGAUUUUUCUCAUUGUCAUCUUUGUGAAUCUCAUCAACGCCAACAACGGCUACGACCACAACAAGGAGAAGACAGAGGCGAGUGAGAGCAACUGCAAGGAGAGCUUGGUUUCUGCACAGGACGAGACAGAAUUCAUCCUGAAGAUCAGAAUGGCUUCAGCAACGAUGGACAGCUACCCUUGGCGCUGCAGCUGUGGGCGCCUCAACGGCAAGCGACACGAAUACUGUCCCGAUUGCCGUGCUCACUGGUCGAGCGGAGAGUAUCAUUCCAAUGUGCCAAAGUCACCAAGACGAAGAGAGGAAACUUCGCAAUGGGAAGACUGGACUUAUUGGAAUCAGAAGGCUCACUCCAAAGGCAAAGCCAAAGGGAAAGAUCGAAGCGAAAGUGCACGUCGACGUGCAAAAGGAAAAGGAAAUGGUCGCAAAGGACAAGGACGUGGAGAUCAAGGUCAACACGCAAUGCAGAGCGGUGCGACACAGAUCCCACCUUGGCCAGCUCAAGAUGCCAACGCAGCAACUUCAGCGCAAGCACCUAUUCCACCAGCCCAAACAGCAGCAUCCAUGGCCAAUGCAGAAUGGCUUGCAGCUAUCAGGAAAUCCUUCCCAGAUCUGUCACAAGCGCCAGAAGAGAUACAGAGAGCAGUCGAGAAGGCCGAGAAGACUUCGUCGAAAGCGCUCUCCAAGGACCUCAACAAGGCCUCCAACCAAGUUGGCAAGGCAGCAAGGCAGUUGGCCAACAUCAAAGAUGCCAGAGCCUCACACAGACAAAACUGGUUGAAGCACCUCAAGGACUCCGUCGAAAGUUGGCAGAAACAACUGCAAGUCUUCAAGGACCAGCAAAAAGAGUACGGAGAACAGAUGAUGAAGGCGCAACAGGAAUUGACAGCAUCAAGGAGGCACUUACAGAACCUGAACAAGCAGGCAGCUGCUACAGGGACGCCAUUGUCAACAGUUGCUGGAGAUGCACCACAAGAACCAACGGACCUGGAAGCGAGUGCAGCCUUCGAGGCGGAAGCGCAAGCACUCGUCCAACAAGUUCAGGAAAGCCUCCAGCAAAGUAUCGAGGCAGCAUCCAAAGAGAACGAUCCAAUGGAGAUUCCAUCGGACGAAGAGGGCGACAGGUGGACCGUCUAUCUCAUCACCCAGAUCAUGAACCUUGGCAGCGACGUGUCAUGUCUGCGGAAUGCAUAUCGCGGGCCAACUUUCUACAACGAGGCGACCGAGAAUGUUGAGGCCUAUCGUCAUCUUCAUGAUUUCGAUGCAGCAAGCACUCCGGACCUCACUGACUAUGCACUGAACUUGAUGAUUCGAUGCCACAGUAUUCAUUGGGACCCAUCCUUCGUGUCUGAACCCACUGCCAUUGGAAGAGCAACGCUCCUUCGUAAUGAAGUCUUAGCUGAAGCUGAUCCAGCUCAGCCAUAUCCAAAACGGCAAUGCAGUACACCAAGCUGUGGUCCUCCUUCAGUCCUCUGUUGCAUGACAAAAUCUGGAAGAAACGUCAAGAAUGUGCGUUUCCAACCCUUUGUGCAUGUGAUUGAGGAACAUUACCCUCCUCGAGCAGAUUCACUCAGAUCUGGAAAUGGCGGUCCCGCUAUGGAGAACACUGACGAUGCGGCAUUUGCAGAAGCUCGUAGAAUUCUCGGUUAUACCCAUCAUGAGGUUGCUGAAAUCUUCGACAUCAUUCCUCCACCUGAAGACCUUGCGGCAGUACACGUUCAACCUCUCCUUUUAGUUCAACAUGACGAUGUCCUAUUUGGAGACAAUCGACGUGCUGUUCUCAUUGACGUCCAGCUUCAUGGACCAAACUUUGACUCUACUGUGGAGAUUGACAGAUAUACAACCAUGCUUCCAUCCCCCAUACAUCGUUCAGCGUUGCUUCAAUUUGCAGGAGUUGCACAAUACUGCAAAGUCAGCUUGAACAAGUGCCUUCUUUGGCACCGAGGCGCAUUGAUUCCCUUUCAAGCCACAAAUACAUUGGUUUUGGAGCAUGGUGACUACAUCAAAAUAGCAGUGCCGCCUUUCAGGUCAGAGAAUGUGCCCACCUAUUUUGCAGUGAGAGCUUGCCAACAAGGACUCAGCGCAAAUGAAGUUGAAAUGCGAUAUCAACUCAACCCAAAUCCAGAUGAGCUCUUCACUGACAUAGAAGCAGCACAACAGCAGGACGAUGAACAAGCCGGCAUCCAACUCUCUUGCAACAUUCAUGAGGCUCCAGUCACUCAGCUCUAUCGCAGUGAUCAUGAAGUACCUCCUCCUGAGUUCACCUGCAUGUUGCCAGAGACAUUCUUGCCGCAUCGACAACAACCUGCACAAGACCUACCCAGACAAUCGUGGUUCAACGCACUGCAGUCAGCCUUUGCUGAAAGAGCAGACACUGCAGUUGAAGAAGAGGGUCCUAUUGCCUUCGUUGUGACAUGGUAUGUGAGUGGCUCUUUCGAAUUUCGCACAGAAGAAAGUCGCAUUUUGAAGCUGGAUCAGUAUACCCACUUGUGGUACCAAGAUCUGAUCCACCUGUGGAGAGACAAACUUGAUCUCACUACAACGAUCAGUUGUCAUUUCGUGCAACCUGAGCCACCUCGACAUGAUACAAGUUGGACCAUUGGUCACCUCAUCAUCUCCCAGCGAGUUAGACAGCCUUUCUCUGCAGCGCUACUGACCAUUAGGUUCCUGACUGACAGACGCACAGGCUUGAACCACGUUGCUGUGAUUGUGAGAAGCCCCACCAAUGCCUUUGCCGUGCGAGAUCUCUGCAAUGUUGCAAGGGUCUGCAUUGACAGACAUUUUGACUUGCAGAAGGGCCACCAUCACUACCAGCAAGGAGAGUUGAUCGAUGUCCUAUCUGGAGAUGGUCUGAUUUUCAACAUACACCCACCAGUCUCCACCUAUCAUGUCGGAGAUGACCAAAUUGUCACUCCCCAAUGGCUGCCUGUUUCAACUGGACCAGAACCUGACCCUGAUGCAGAUCAAGUGAUGGUACCAGACAUCACUGACCAGUCUGAGUUCACGCAAGAACUCUUUGAUUACUGGGAUGUUCACGCCAGAGUUGGCCCUGCGAAUAUUGAGCGACUCCUGCAUGUGACCACGUGGUGCCUCCAUGCUGACAGGAUACGCUUCAACGAUGAGACCAGGAUUGUCACAUUGGGUGAUGACUUCUUUGCGUGGGAAAGCCAGCUCCUACGUGCAUGGCAAGAUCUAUUAGACCCCAAUGAUGCUGUCCACUUUGCCAUUGUGGAUGACCAACCUGCAGGAUUUCAGGGCGGAUACGGUUUGCACAUUAUUGUGCACCAACAUCUUGGGCAUGAAGAAAGAGCCACAGUCGUGACUGUCUUCAAUGACCACCUGCGUAGUGCACCAAAUAUUGCAGCAGUGAUUUUACCAAGCACUGUUGGCACAACUGCAAUCAUUCAAGCAGUGCAUCGUGCAGAUGAAUGCCCACCCAGAAAUCCACUCACAGUCUGCGACACAUGGCAAGUUGGUUGGCAGUUCAAUGACUAUGCCCCAUUCAGAUGUCAACAUGGAAUGACCUUCACGCUCAUCAUUCGCCCAAACCACCAUGGUAUUUGGGACUAUGACGAUGAUGAAGAAAAAGAUGCACAAGCAAGUUCAUCAACGAAUCUUCUUCAGAGGCAAGCGCAAGUUUCUCACGGGCCGAUCAAUGCGCAUGAAGGUGAUGAUGUACCCAAAGCCGGCGACAGGCGCCUAACAACUGGGCAGGUAGCUCACACCCAGUGGCCUGAUCGCACGACUCUUUGCCUGGAUAAGCUCAUCAAACAGCCAUCUACAGUUUGUGUUGACCUAUCCUCAGUUUUUCGUCUUGCAGAUGAGCUGAAGUCAAUGUCGUUUAUGUUCCAACAGAACUGGCCUGUUGACCUCAAGAUUCCGGAGGUUACUCAGCACGCAAUGGUUGCGCUUCAGCCGCUUGCUGACAGCAUCCCGAUUGCCUUUCACUUUUUCACUGAUGGAUCCAAAGCCCCCAAUGGGAAAAUUGGUUCUGCAGCCGUGCUCAUCAUUGAAACCCUGGAUGGAUGGCAUUUCGGUGGAUGCAGAGCCAACAUUUCGUUCACCUUCAACUUUGACGCCACGAGUGCCGGAUAUGUUGCAGCAGGCUAUUGGAGCUCUACUUUAGAGCCUUGCUGGAGAAUCACAAUGAGAAGUCUGGCGCAACUCCUCACAACCAGGCACGGGAUUGAUCACCUGGCGUGGCAGUAUGUGCAAGCACAUGUUGGGCACCCCUGGAAUGAAGGAGCUGAUGCACUUGCUAAGUACGCAGCUCAGUUUAACCAGGGUCACGAUGAAAGUCACUACUGGGAGCAGUGGAUGCGCAACGAUGACAAGCAAGUUGCCCUUCAAUGGCUCUGGUAUGUGGAAAUGAUGGCAACAGCUGAUCCACGGGUACCUCUCCUCUGCAAUGAGAUGAUGGUCUGCCCAACCUCUGGCACUGCGCUCCCUAUAUCUGCCCCACAUGACUCAGCUGCCAGCCUACCGAGGACUGAAGCAGAUGUGGAAAAGUUUGACCUUACAAUUGCCACAGCAAAUGUCCUCACAUUGGCAAAUGAAGUCAAGAAUGCUUCGUCGAUCUCUCGCCAAUUGCUGCUUAUGCAGCAGUUUGAGAAGGCAAAUUGUAUCAUCAUUGGAGUGCAAGAAACCAGACAUCAGCAUGUCACCGGGGCCAACAAUGAGUUUUACCACAUCUACGGCCACAAAGCGACCAAGAAUGGCCAAGAUGGCGUACAAUUGUGGAUAUCGAAAAAGAUCCCAGCAUGGCCUAAUGGCCCUACAAUUUCACCACAAGAUGUACGCAUUGUUGACUCUGCGCCGAACUACAUCGUUGCCAAAGUCAAAAUUCACUCUUGGCGUUGCAUCAUCAUCACCGGAAGAGCUCCUCAUUCAGCGCGACCACAUGAAGAAGUCCGUGCCUUCUGGAAUCAUCUCACUGGCAUUCUGCACAAAAAAGGCGCAGGACUGCCUGUCAUCUAUUGUGGUGAUGCCAAUGCACAUCUUGGUGAUUUUGUUACCAAAGCUGUUGGACCACUCCACCCUGAUGCUGAAAAUCUUGCUGGCCAUCACUUCCACAAUUGGAUGCUCCACCACAAUUUGUUUGUGCCUGCUACGUUCCCUGAGCACCACAGAGGCAACGAGCAUUGCACCUAUGUGACACCUGGAGGAGACUGUGAGAAGCGCAUUGACUACAUAGCCCUCCCGCAGGAGAUCACCUAUGACAAGCUUGAGUCCAAAGUCGCGCUGGAAGUUGACAUCAGUGGCCAACGGCAAGAUCACAAAGCUGUAUUAUGUCGUCUCAAAUUCAGAGUGCAAGCAACCCGCUCUGGUGGCAGACGCAAGCGCCCCUUCAAGCCUGACGUGACUGAUAUUCGUGACAAACUCCAGCAUCCUGAAUGGCUUUCUCAACUGCAUCACAACACUGUUGCACCACCAUGGGCACUGGACCCACACUCUAGCGCUGAGUGGCUAGCUGCGUCUACUACUGGCGCAAUGCGAGCAAUUGCCAAGCCAUUGCAAUUUUGGAAGCGAAAAUCGCACAUCUCGCAAUCGACCUGGCAAUUGGUUGACCAGAAGAAGUUCCUCUACAAGCAACUGCGAGCACUUAAACGAGCGGAGCUCUUUACAAUGCUUCAAGCUUGCUUCCGUGGCUGGUUUCAUGCAGCCCACCAGGAUUCCCUUCUGCAGCACCCAGCACUACGAGUUCAUCAAGCAAUGAUGCAAGAUCUACCUGGCUGGCUUCGGCUCCAUGACGUUUCCACUGCGAAGACCAUGCAAGCGUAUAAGCGUGCUGAACGCCAAGUCCAGCAAGCCAUCAAGACUGAAGAUGCCAAGUUCUAUUCUGCACUUGCUGAAAAAGCCUCCAGCACUUAUCAUGUUGAGGGUCUACAGAGUAUAUGGAAGCACGUGCGAGCUCUGCAGCCCAAACACAGAGCCAAGAAGAACCAUCAACCACGUGACAUUGACGGUGAACUUCUCUGGCAUUUUGAACAACUGGAAGCAGGCACUUCGAAACCCUUUGAAGUCCUCAGGCAAGAAUGUGUACUUCGGUCACAACAAGAACAAGAAACUGCUCCUGAUUGCCUUCACCUACAGCUUCGUGAGCUGCCCACGCUGGCAGAGAUUGAACAUCUCUGUCUAGCGCAAAAAGCCAAGAAGGCGGCCGGACCCGAUGGCAUCCCGGCCGAUCUCUGUAAAUACGGGUCCAUUGCCAUUGCGCCACAACUUCACUCCUUGAUUUGCAAAUCCUUUUUGCAAGGGGUCGAACCGGUGGCCUUUAAAGGUGGUAUUCUAUGCCCGAUCUACAAAGGCAAGAGCCAUGUCGAUGAUGCGGCUGGCUACCGUGGCAUCAUCCUUGCAGAUUCGUUUGCAAAAAUUGCCCACGCAUGGACAAGGAAGCGAUUGCUACCAACCUUACAGGAUCGAAAGACCAUUGGCCAACUGGGCGGGCUCCCUGCCCAGAUGACAAUCACUGGAGUCCAGAUAGUAAGACUGCACAGCAUUGUGGGCCAACAAAAGGGCAUUGCAACAGCCACCCUUUUUAUCGACUUGAAGUCGGCUUUCCACCACAUGCUCCGUGAGCUCAUUUUUGCGACGCACAACCACCUCCUCAAGGACACGCUUGCCAGGAUGUUAGACGCAAACGACUUCGACAUCGAGCAACUGCACAUGCAGCUUGAGGAGUUGUGCUCCAAGCAAAUCACUGACAUCCCCCCUGGACUUCGCAGAUUUCUUCAUGAUAUCCAUCAACACACAUGGUUUCGUCUGCGCGGUGUUCAGCAAGAGGAAUCCAGCUGCACCCAUACGAUGCGAGGUACGCGGCCAGGCAGUCCCUUAGCUGACAUUGGUUUCAACCUGAUGAUGACAGAUCUUUUGAAGGACUUACAAGCAGCUUUGAUGGAGAACGAAGACUUCUGCACUGAUGCUGCCGCACUCGGCACCUGCGUGCCACCCAUCGCUUGGAUGGAUGACAUAGCAGUCUCUCUGGCAACAGUUUCCUCCCACCAACUGACCACACUCGUCAAGUACACCAUUGCAGCAGCUCACACUGCUUUCAGAGCCCGGGGUCUUUCUAUGAAUCUAGACUCCGGAAAAACUGAACUUGUGGUGAUGUUCAGAGGUGAAGGUGCAGCCCAGUGCCGUUCUGAAAUGUUUGACAAAGACGAUGCUCCACUGGUUAUUACAACAACGGACUCGCAUGUCAUUUCAGUUCGAGUCGCUGCGUCAUACAGACACCUUGGAGUUCGAUUUGCCAUGAAUCUCGACUUUGACAAGGAGAUCAUAGCGCGCUUGGGAGCUGCGCGUCAGGCUUUCGAACAGAUGAAAAAGCCGCUCUUUCUGAACACUGCUAUCCCAGUCAAAGGGCGUAUCUCCCUCUUUCAGAGCUUGAUUCUAUCGAGACUCCUGUAUGGGUGUGCCAUAUGGGCAGAAAUCUCGACAGCGGCAUACAAGAAGCUGGAAGCGAUGGUCAUUGACAGCUACCGCCAGAUCUAUGGAGUUGGCUUCUGGUUGGAAGAGCGUGUGACAGACAAAGAUUUCCUUCAAGAGCAGGAACUCAUGCCCUUUCGGAUUCACCUGGCCAGACACAGACUCUGUUACCUGCAGAAUGUUGCCAAGUAUGGGAUCACUGCACACAAAACACUGCUUCUGGCGGAACUGGAGUCAGGUAAGGGAUGGUUACAUGAGGUUGCACAAGACCUUCAGUGGAUGGGAACUUUCAAGGAGAUUCCUUUUGCCUGUCCAAGCUCAAGACCACAGUGGAUCCAAGCAUGGCAAAUCCUGCGUGAAUGCCCACAAUGGAAGAGUUGGAUCAAGCGAUCUGUUCACAAACAUAUUGUGCAGGAAAAGAUUGCCUUUGACAUUCGCUACUACCAUCAGCACAUUGUCGCAGAGCUGGAACAUUUUGGCAUGCGGCUUGCUGAUGAUGCAGACACGCAACCUGCCACAUCAUGUGCGUACAGUUGUGACCGCUGUGAUGUGUGCAUCGGCUCCCAGCAAUCAGACGGCAUCAUGGCCCACUUAGCCGUUGGUAAAAUUUUGCACCCUUCGAUUCGAAGAAUGCUUAAAUACAUGGUUUGUAGCGGAACAGCCCACAGAAGAGCAUUCCACAACCUUUUCUUCAACCUCUUCCUCGACCUUGGGAUUCCUGAGUUUCAAGCAGCGCGUAUUUUUAUUCACUGGAUUGAGACGGACUUCCAUGCGUACUGUGAGAGAUUUGAUGAUUUUGAUAUCUUGGCAGUUCUGGAAAGGGCGCACUUGUCGCUUUUAGAAGACACGCACAUCUGGAAUUUGCAAUGCAACAUGCGGAAGCUGCAAUGCCAAUGGGAGCGACUUCAACAGGGCGAGCCCCGUGGCGUGCGAACUUCAGCCUCUGCUCCGCUACCACGAAAACCACGCUCACAUCCCAUCAUCAUGGACUACCACGAGAUGGCAAGUGAAGAACGACGUCGGCGCAGUUGGAGGAUGGCUGUGAGACCGCAGCGAGUCUUGACCCCUGAGCAGGGUCCUUAUUUCAUCAUCCACCUCUACGCUGGUCGACGACGUGAAGAUGAUUUUCAUGCACAGAUGCAGGCACUGGUCGACACUGGAACAGCAUCAUGGCGCUCGGCUAUCACGGUCAUAUCCAUUGAUACUGCGAUCAGUGAUAGCAUGGACGUGCACAGCAGCCGCAUUUGGACCUUCCUCUUGGGGGCUGCACGGGCAGGGCGCAUUCUAGCGCUCUUAUUAGGCCCUCCAUGUGAAACCUGGUCAAGUGCUCGCUUUGCUGAGCUUGUGGAUGACGAGGGCAACCUCAUUCAGGGACCCAGGCCCUUGAGAAGUGCGGAGACUUGUUGGGGCCUACCAGGCCUCUCUUUGGCAGAACUUGAACAAGUUGCCGUGGGCAACUGCUUGCUCCUCCGAGGUCUAUGGCUGUGUAUUCCGGUAGCCUUCUCCGGUGGCAGCGUGCUACUGGAACACCCGGCGCCACCAUAUGAAAUGGAGCGCCCGGCGAUCUGGCGCACUGGAAUAUUUCUCCUACUUCUUCGCGAUGGAUGGAUGUUUCGGCGACACACCUUCGCCCAAGGCAGACAUGGUGCGCAGGGACGUAAGCCAACUACACUCCUACAUGCCCACUGUCCCAUCGUCCAAGUCUUGGAGACAAAUGCAACGGCCAUCGACCCGCAGAAGCUGCAACCACUCAUUGGUCGUGAUUCCCAUGGCCGUUUCAGAACGGCCAAAGCCAAGGAGUAUCCCACCAGCCUGUGUAAGUGCUUUGCUGCUGCGUUUUGGCAACAGAUCACUCAACGACCCAUUACGGUUGCUGAGGGGCCCAUUGAGCCUGUUGCCAUUGAAUUAGCCCAUCAAUCAAGCCGGGUGGAUCCCGCUCGUUUGAUGCGAGCUGACUAUCAACCGAUGCGUUGA